CCUUACUCAUUCCUACAUCUAACUGUUCCUCAAAAGGCCAAGUUCAUUCCCACCUCAGGGCCUUUGCUCGUGCCAUCACCUCUGCCAAAAAGACUGGCAGCAGUUUUCCCCAGAUCACCAAAGCCUUCCUCCUCCUGGUCACCCAGCUCUCUGAUCAUGGCCCCCUCCUGCGGGAGGCCCUUCCUGAUACCACGUAUAAAUUAACCACCCCCAUCCAUCCCUCUCCUUUACUCCAUCCUGCUUUAUUUCUUUGGGGGUGCUUCACACAUUUGAAAUAUCCUAUUCAUUAUUUGCUUAUGUGUUUAAAAAAGUACCUGGCAAACAGCUGACUCUUAUGAACACGGGUGAAUGAAUGGACGCAUGAAUAAAUGAAAGCAUGAAACAUCUUCCUAAGUGCUUCUGUAACAAGGAUCCAGGCACCUAGAGCCAAAGCACCCCCUGGCUUCAGUUAACAAGGGCAGAGACCACAAGAAAUCACCCCCUGGUUGGUAACAACUUAACAACCAGCCAGCAGUUAUAUCCACACACAUUGCUGGGCAUCGUUCCAAAGCUAAAAAGGCACUAAUUGCUUUUAUAUAAGGAGGUAGAAACUCCAUCUCCUUAGGUCCUGAUGCUCUGUAUUAUGGUAUCUGUUAAUUGUUAAUUGUUCCUGCCUCACACAGCCACGGCGGGCUUUCUUCUGCUUGUGUCUGGGAUGGUGACAGGUUCCUAUACAGAGAAGAGAGGUACCGGGGAAGCAUGUGCGUCUGUGCCCAUGCAUGUGUCUGUCCACGCACGUGUGCACGCGAGUGUCAACGCAGCGAUCACUCCAGGAAGGGUUAACUCACAGGAAGGCUGGCUGCGCUCAGGGCCCUGCGCUGGCCCAGGAAUGGGGUGGGCCUGGAAGGUGGAGUGGGCUUGGCUCACAUCAGCUGCUCUUUCCAAGACAGGAGUGCACAUGCUUGCCCAGCCGGACUGAGUGUGCUGAACUCCAGUCCCUUUAAGAAUGGCUGCAGAAGCCCGCACCUGGAAUUCACUGCCCCACCUCCCUGCCCCGCAGGGCAGGUUGCACUUGGGAGACUCUGCAGUCCGUCUUUAGAGGAAUGAGCCGAGCAGGAGCCGUUCACCAGCUCGCCAGCACUUGGGGGAAAGCAGCAGGCAAGGAUGGAUGUGGUCCACAGCCUUCUUAUGAAUGGAAGCAACAUCACUCCCCCCUGCGAACUGGGGAUCGAAAAUGAGACGCUUUUCUGUUUGGAUCAGCCCCAUCCUUCCCAAGGUAGGUGGCAGAGACCAUUCUUUUUAUGCAGAAAACUAUUCAGUUGGGGUGGUGGGGGUGGGGGAGACAUCCGUAACGGCAAGGCUGAUUGAGCAAAAUAGAACCAGGUCCUCGUGAGGCCAGGCUGGAUAAAGUCACCUGCUCAGAAGUUUGGAUAAGAGGUCAAAAAGCAGGAUCGAGUUCAGGGCUCUUAUUGUUCCCCCACGGGAGAGCUGGGAUUCAUGGAUAGAACUUGGGGGCACAAAAGGGGUAGGAGGAGGAGCUGAAGGGUGGCCAGAAGGGAGGACAAGUGUCGAAGCUUGGACUUACAAGCAUCACAGAAAAGGCGCUGUCACAAUCCAGCUGUGGCCUUUUCUCGGGGAAAAUCAGUGUGAAGAAGCGAUUAAAGCGAAAACUGCUUAGCAGCUAGGGAAGAGAGCAAUCCUGAUUCACUGGAGGAGCACUGUUCUUAAGAAAAAGUGGUUCCCCGAGGGAUCCUUUAACAGACCAACCAUUUAAGCCUCGACGACAUCGCUCUGUGCUCUCCUCACUUUGUUUCUGCAAAAUAGUGUAAGUAUGGGGAGAGCUGGGUUCCAUGAUGUACGCCCUGCAACCCCCCACCCCCCAAAAUCGGCAGGACAUACGUUUGCUUGGUGGGCUCAGGUUUUAACAUCCUGCUCCCACAACCUCCUUCCCUCCGGCUCGUCGGUGCCGGUCGCGGCAGAGUGGCAGCCGGCCGUGCAGAUUCUCCUGUACUCGGUGAUAUUCCUGCUCAGCAUCCUGGGGAACACGCUGGUCAUUACUGUGCUGAUUCGGAACAAGAGGAUGAGGACCGUCACCAACAUCUUCCUGCUCUCCCUGGCCGUCAGCGACCUCCUGCUCUGCCUCGUCUGCAUGCCGUUCAACCUCAUCCCCAACCUGCUCAAGGACUUCAUCUUUGGGAGUGCCGUCUGCAAGAUCACCACCUACUUCAUGGGCACCUCUGUGAGUGUAUCCACUUUCAAUCUGGUAGCCAUAUCGCUGGAGAGAUACGGUGCCAUUUGCAAACCCUUACAGUCCCGAGUCUGGCAGACGAAAUCCCACGCUUUGAAGGUGAUCGCCGCUACCUGGUGCCUCUCCUUUACCAUCAUGACUCCGUACCCAAUCUACAGCAGCCUGGUGCCUUUCACCAAAAGUAACAACCAGACUGCGAACAUGUGCCGCUUCCUCCUGCCGAAUGAUGUUAUGCAGCAGUCCUGGCACACGUUCCUAUUACUCAUCCUUUUUCUUAUUCCUGGAAUUGUGAUGAUGGUGGCAUAUGGAUUAAUCUCGUUGGAACUCUACCAAGGGAUAAAAUUUGAUGCUAGCCAGAAGAAGUCUGCUAGAGAAAGGAACCCGAGCACGGGCAGCAGCGGCAGAUACGAGGACAGCGAUGGGUGUUACCUGCAGAAGUCCAAGUCCCCAAGGAAGCUGCAGCUGCAGCAGCUGUCCACCAGCGGUGGCAGCAAGGUCAACCGCAUCAGGAGCAGCAGCCCCGCGGCCAACCUGAUGGCCAAGAAGCGGGUGAUCCGCAUGCUCGUGGUCAUCGUGAUUCUCUUCUUCCUGUGCUGGAUGCCCAUCUUCAGCGCCAACGCCUGGCGGGCCUUCGACGCGGCCUCGGCGGAGCGCCGCCUCUCGGGGGCCCCCAUCUCCUUCAUCCUCUUGCUCUCCUACACCUCCUCCUGCGUCAACCCCAUCAUCUACUGCUUCAUGAACCAGCGCUUCCGGCUCGGCUUCCUGGCCACGUUCCCCUGCUGCCCCAACCCCGGUCCCCCAGGAGCGCGAGGGGAGCUGGGGGAGGAGGCGGAAAGCAGGACCACGCGGGCCUCUCUGUCCAGGUGCUCGUACAGCCACGCGAGCCCCGCCGCGCCGCCCCCGUGAGCGGCCGCCCUGGCCGCCGGCGCCGCAGGAAGGAGCGGGGACCGAGCCGGGACGCAGAGGAGGCAGCGGAAGCAGGAAUUGAAGGAGAAGCAAGGGCCCUCCCGGCGGAAACUACUCCUUGUCUGCCUGGCCUCCGUCAUUCGUCAUCCGGGCUCCAGGGAGACACUACGGCGGUGGGGCCGUGGCUGGGUUUCCAGGCGGUGCAGGCAGGGCAUUUUUGGAAACGGUCACCCUCAGAACAACCUCAGCAGGCCAGUGACGGGAGUGCCAGAGGACUCCGGCUGCACGUGUCAUUGCCAAGCAAGUGUUCAGACGGGGAGGUGGGCCCUACUGAGCUUUAGAAGGUUCUAGAACAUCCAGGGUGACCGCUCCCUCUGCACGGGGCCCCCGUUGUGUGCUCUGCUGCCUCUGCUGAUGCAGAAUUGUGGAGAUUGCUUGGCUUCCCAGGAGUCCGACGCUCUUUCAUGUCCAUUCUGUCGCCACCCACCUCAUCAUGACCGCAAGCUGGAACGCGAAGCGAACCCUCUUCUGGCUGUUUUCUGUAGUAUGAGAACAGCCCGACUUACUCUCCUCGAGGUCGGUCAGGAAAUGUCAGAGAUAUGCGUUUAUGCUCUUCGCAGAAUAGCAUAAGGACCGUUGUCUAAAAGUUGGAAUUUUUGGAACUUAUGUUUCUGGAAAGACAAGACUAAGUGGGAAGCAGCUGGAUGGAAGAUGCCUUAUCAUAGCGAAAGUUAAAUGCUGCCAAGGGCAUAGAAAUAUUUUUCUACGUUAAUAGUAUGUGUUGCUUAACUCCACCUUUAUGUGGUGAUAUUAAACCUGAUGGCUUCUUUGCCUCAACUUAAUUUUCCAUACUCAUCCUCUUUUCUGGAAAGACCUCCAGGUACGAAGGAGAGCUGUAACCUAUGUACCUGGCCAAGCUGGAAACAUGUGGAGUUGGGCCCAGAAUAGAAACUGGCACACUUGGACUCAAUUUACAAAUAGCUUUUGAAUGUCAAAGCUGUCCGUGCCUUUAAAUGCAAUCUGUGUGUUUAUUCAUAAGUGUAAUUUUGUCCGUAAGAUGAACAUAGGAGUGUGUUCUUUUCCUAUAAGUCUACUCUUGGGUGUAUUUUAAAAAAGAAUAGUGAAUGGAGGUUGGAUUCAGAAACGAUAUCAUUCUGCAUUCCUCUGCAGCAAUUGGUGUUUGCAUGGGAGCUUCUUUUCUUUGCAAACUGAGUGUUGAAAUCUCUCUCCUCCAGCAUAGAAAUCUCAACUUAAAGGAAGCACGGGCUAUACAUGUAGAUGCCAGGACAUACCCUUCUAGAAAAGAAUCUAGCAAGCCUCUUCCCUCCCACUCCCCCUCUCCCAUGCUUGCUCGCUCCUGUGCUCUCUCCCUCUCUCUCCCCUCCCUCUCUCCUUCCCUUUUUUUUCAUAGUUUUCAUGCCUCUGGGCAUCUGAGAAGUGAGCUUUUCUUUUUUCCUGGGUCCAUGACUGAUACCCUUUGUGGUGUGCAAGGGCUAGUGAUUUCAAUUAUCAAAAAAAAAAAAAAGAGAAUCAAUAUGGUAGGGGGAGGGGCAGAGCAUGGCAGGAAGUGAUCAUGAAUGGGCAAGGGGUGUUGUGUAGUUUAGCAAGACAUGAGUGUUGCCGUUUGUUGUGGGGUUUUUUUUUGUUUUGUUUUUUGUGGAGGGAGAGUGGAGAGUCUAAUGGAGAAGAAAUUAUUGAGGAUGUGAUCAUUUAUCAUGAGGGACUUUUCAAGCCAGAUAUUAGUUUUUUUCUCUUCCUCAGACUGCAAUCUAAGUUUCCUGUUUCUUGAGUUCCCAUUGUAGCUCAGAGGUAAUGAACCUGACUAGUAUUCAUGAGGAUGCAGGUUCGAUCCCUGGCCUCACUCCAUGGGUUAGGAAUCUGGCAUUGCAAGUGUUGGGUAGGUUGCAGACAUGGCUUGGAUUUUGUACUGCUGUGGCUGUGGCAUAGGCUUCAGCUGCAGCUCCAACAUGACCCCUAGCAUAGGAAUCUCUCUGUGCUGCAGGUGUGGCCCUAAAAAAGCUAAAUAAAUAAAUACAUAAAUAGAUAAAUAAAUUUCAUAUUUCUAAUCUGUCACCUCAGUCAAAAAUUUCAAGGUAGACACUCACUGAUUAAAACAUGCACUACUAAAAUGGGAAUUAUAAAAGUGUAAGAAAGGAAGAUGUCUCUAAUAUUUGAGUAAAUCCUAUAAAACCUACAAUUUUCCUGCUAGAAAAAUAAGCCUUGGAGUUACCACUAUGGUGCAGUAGGUUAAAGAUGCUGUGUUGUCUCUGUGGUGGCAAAGGACCCUGGCCCAGGACAGUGGGUUAAGGAACCAAUGUUGCUGCAGCUGUGCUGUAGGUUGCACUUGCAACUUGGAUUCAAUCCAUAGCCAGGGAACGUCCAUAUGCCAUGGGUGUGGAAGAAAAAAAAAAAAAAAAGAAAAAGAAUAAACCUUUCUCUCCGACAAUGUUAGCAUACAAAUGAAGAUAAAUUACCCCUCCCCUGAUAUUGGAAAACUCUGGAAAUUC